UGCGAUUCCGUACAUUCCGUAUUGUGGAGUUCACAUAGGGUGACUCAAGUCAACUGAUCUGACUUUGAGUGAGAAAGAAUAAAGAUGUUCAGUAAAUUGCAGAGACAGUUGUAUGCAGUUGGAAAUGCCUGUCAUAAGUUAAAAGGUCUGCAACAGCCUGUCCGCAGUGUGGUUAACAUCACAGCUAAAUCCCAGGCUGUGUUCGAUCGGGAGGAUAAAUAUGGAGCCCACAACUACCACCCCCUCCCUGUGGCUAUCUGCAAAGGAGAAGGAGUAUAUAUGUGGGAUGUCGAUGGAAAUCGUUACUACGAUUUUCUAAGUGCUUACAGUGCUGUAAACCAAGGACACUCGCACCCAAAGAUCAUCAAGGCUUUGACCGAGCAGGCAUCUACUCUGGCCUUGACCUCCAGAGCAUUCUACAACAAUGUGCUGGGAGAAUAUGAGGAAUACGUCACUAAACUUUUUGGCUAUGAUAAGGUCCUUCCCAUGAACACAGGUGUGGAAGGUGGAGAAACAGCCAAUAAAUUAGCCAGGAAAUGGGCAUACAAUGUAAAGAAAAUCCCAAAGAACAAGGCCAAGAUUGUGUUUGCUGAGAACAACUUUUGGGGCCGAACUUUGGCAGCCAUUUCCAGUUCUACAGACCCCUCGAGUUUUGAGGGGUAUGGACCCUACAUGCCGGGUUACACUAUUGUGCCAUAUAAUAAUAUUCCAGCUUUGGAGAAAGAGUUGCAGGAUCCCAAUUGUUGUGCUUUCAUGGUGGAGCCCAUUCAGGGUGAGGCUGGCGUUGUAGUACCAGACGAGGGUUACCUACGCAAAGUUCGUGAAUUGUGCACCAAGUACAACGUACUGUGGAUUGCUGAUGAAGUUCAGACUGGACUCUGCAGAACUGGAAAAAUGUUGGCUGUUGAUCAUGAAAAUGUGAAGCCUGACCUCUUGAUCCUGGGGAAAGCUCUCUCUGGAGGCAUCUAUCCUGUCUCAGCGGUUUUAGCCAAUGAUGAAGUCAUGCUGACCAUUAAACCUGGUGAACACGGUUCUACUUAUGGAGGUAAUCCACUCGGCUGUAAGGUCGCCAUAGCAGCUUUAGAGGUCUUGCUGGAGGAAAAACUUGCAGACAAUGCAGAAAGGCUGGGAAAGGUUUUGAGAAGUGAACUUGCCAAACUUCCAAAGGAAAAGGUGAAAAUUGUUAGAGGCAAGGGACUACUGAAUGCCAUUGUCAUCAAUGAAAAAUAUGAUGCAUGGGAGGUGUGUUUAAAACUAAGAGACAAUGGACUGCUGGCCAAGCCUACGCAUGGUGACAUCAUCCGAUUUGCCCCACCCCUUAUAAUCAAUGACGAACAGUUAAACGACUGCAUCAACAUUAUUAAGACCACCAUCGAGAAGCUAUAAAGAUAAAGAAAAAUAACACGAUUUUUCAUGCUUAGCAUAAUAAAAAUAACUAUGACAGAAAAAUACCAGAGGAUAAUUAGUCAAGACAGAACAGAGGAAAUCCGGGAAUAGGAGAACCCAAGAAAAUGCCUAUUGUUUAAAAAAACAAACUCAGAAUCUGAAGUUUUCCUUUGCACUAGGUCAUUUGACAAAGGUUGAUAGGUUUAAGAGAAUUUUUGCCAUAAGAUGAAUAUUUAAAGUACAGGAUACCUGGUAAAUAUGUCAACUGUAUAUAUUGAAUCUUAUCACAUUUCUUCCUCCAAUGGCAUCAAGUGUAUAAUUUUGAUAAGUUUUCUUCUAAAUACAAGUCAAAAUGUAGAAGAAUCCCAGUUUACAAAACAUGCAGAGGGGACCUACUGGCUUUAUGUUUUUUUAUUAUGACAUAACAUUGCUAUUUUUAGUUGAAGUAUUUGAAAUCCAGUUUGUUUACCGGUAUAUCUUUAGUGUUUAUCUUGCACACAAUGACAAGAGUUUUUGUUGUAAGCAGCAUGGCUUUGUUGAUCAGGCAUCAUAUUUUCUCUUAGGUACAACAAUUUAUUUAAGAUUAUAUCUUAAUAGUUUAAGUUUAGUAAGAAUGAGAUAUAUUUUUGUAAAUUUUUUGAAGUUAUAUUUAAACCUUUCUAUCAAGUGUGACUCUUUAAUUUUACUGUCAAAGCAAUAGGCAUUUCUUUUGUUUGAUCUGAUUUGAAGUUAUUCCUGAAAUUACAUUACAGUGCUCUUUUACGUAAAAUCUCAGAUUUAUUUAUUUUUUUACCAGUGACAGCAUUGUUAUU